UUAAGCUGACGCUCUGGUGACGCUGUUAAACAGAAACUCAGUUUACAGGAUCAGCUGAGGGAAACAGCCCUUUUGUAGAUUAUAAAUCGAAACUGGUGGUUUGGUAAAGUGGAGGAUGAGCCUGUGGAUCUGCUGGUAAAUAAAUGAAGCGACUUUGAUGCUUUGAAGAAAUCGUCUGUAAUGGCUGCUCUGGGUUAUAAACUGUUAGAACUGUUGUCUCGGAGAGACUAUCAACUUUUUCAACUGAACCUUAUUUAUCUUAUCUUUAGAAAUGAGAGGCCUCAGCAAUUACUAUCUGUCCUGCUGUGUGAACACUUUACUGCAGACCCUCUCCGCUACCUGGGAACUAACUGACCUGCUAGAAAGGUGGGACGCAGCUGGCGAGAGGGCAGAUGAUUGCAAUGUUCCCCUGCAGCUGAGGAGAGUUCUCGUCACCAUGCGUGGAGACCUCCCUCAGCCGGCUCCACAUCGAGACUUCCUCCACUGUCUGGACAGAAACCGCAUUCGACUUAAUGUGCAGCAUGAUGCUGAUGAAGUGUUCCUCUCCAUUCUGAACUUCGUACAGCAGCAGAUGGGAAACAAAAAUCUGGCUCUUGAAAUUCACAAUCUGUACAAGAUUUCAGUGGAGACUCACCUGCGGUGUUUGGAGUGUAGCUCCAUCCAAACCCGGAAAAGCCACAUGCUGAGCCUGCCUCUACAUAUAAGGGAAGAUGACAACACUCUGGAAGACUGUGUGAAAUCCUUCUUUGAAGAUCAGGAUCUGAGGGGAAUAAAUAAUUGUUUUUGCAAAGGAUGUGGAAAAAAGAUGCCAUCCAGACAGGGCAUCAAACUCUGUGCCCUACCUGACAUCUUGUGCAUACACCUGAAACGAUUUAGGAAUUCACGUGGUUUCAUCCGAAAACUCAAUAGCAGAGUCACUUUCCCAGAAAACUUUGACCCUUCUGAGAUUUUGAAGGAAGCGUUCUCUACAGACUUUGCACAGAGUGGCUGCACGUACACCUUGUAUGCAGUAGUAGUGCACUGCGGGAGUGCUGAAUCUGGACAUUACACUGCCUAUGUACGUGACAGGGCCGACAAGUGCUGGUACUACGCAGAUGACAGCCAUGUCCAAAAGGCGUCCUGGGGACAAGUGCAGACAAUAUUUGGAGGACCUAAUAGCAGGGGUACAGCAUACAUGUUGAUGUACAGAAGACAUUUGACACAAGAGGGGCAGCAAGCUGAAUUAUCUGGCUGAGUGGAUGGAUCCGAAUGAAACAGAAGAGGUGGAAAAAUGAAUUAGAGAAUUCUAUGGGGACAAUUUACUGCAAGUGUUUAAUCUUAUUAUAUAUGGUAAAGGUUUAUUAAUUUAAUAUACAUAUACAUUUUAACUUCUUCACGGCACAGCAAUUUGUGUCCUGGACCAGAAGGUGGCAUUCAAGACUCAAAGCAUGAAAGGUUUUCCCCCCAACAGACCACACACAUGCUGAGUAUACUCAUACUGGAGGUGGGUCUGAAGAGAAUGCUUAGCUUACACAUUAGGGGGAAAUACCUGCAAUAGGACUCAUUUUCCUGACAAUGUUGCACAUACAUCACGUAGGAAGAAGGAUUUUUUUUGUAUGUGUGUGUGUGUGUGGGGGGGAGCAAUCACUUAAAAUGUCAGCUUUGAUCUUAUCUUUUUUUCAUUUUCUUUAAACCUGUAGGCCUUGAAUUUGCAACAAUUAAUAAAACAAAAAGAAGUGAU